AUGAGGCUUGUGGCGGCACAGCGGCCCGGCUGCAGCGCUGUCAGCGACGAGAAGUGUCCCCCACCGUUGAGCCGCGGCGAUCCGACCUUUUCCCGGCCCCGCGUGAUCUUGAUCCCGGAACCCAGUCGGCGGUGGGCCCCGAUCCCAUCGCUCUGGGAACAUGGUCCAACGCGCCCAUGCGACGACUACACGACACGGAGCUUCUGCAGGUACCACCCGGUGCCUUAUAGCUAUUUGCACCGCGUGAUGGACGACGACAUGUUCCAAAACGAAUCUGGGCCAGUCGAUGACACGUCGCAACUGCCGGACCUGGAUUUCUCAUCAAUCCCCGACGACCUCCUCUCUCAAUUCCUCUCACCUUUUGAUACCCCAAGCCUGCUUUGGUCACAGUCUUUUCCAAUAGCUCUAGACAAUCAACCACGAGGCUUUAUGCGUGCCGACGAAAUCUUCACCGAGGAUGGCGGGCCCAUCCCGCUUCCACCGAGAUUUGCUCUGAUUAAACGGAGCCUCGUCGCUGGCAAGGAGCACGCCAUAGUCAAGUCUUGGGAACGCUUGUUAGUAGCUCUUCGAGCCGAAAUCGCAGUCAUCGGUGUCAGGAAGUCUGACAUUUUCCCGACCAUUGACUUUUCGGAGCUCCAAAACCAUUCCCUUGUGUCCGAGUUCACCGCCAAGCUCCGGCGUCGAGGUGGUGCCAUCAUCCGCAAUGUUGUACCGGCCUCUGAGGUCCAUACUUGGCGGGAAGAGACGGAGAUGUAUCUGUCGGAGAACCCGCACACCAAGAGCUGGCCGACGCGCGACCCGCACCUGUUCGGGAUUUACUGGUCCCCAUCGCAGAUCAAGGGCCGAGCCCAUCCCAACGUCCUAGCCGCGCAGCGGUUCCUGAUGCGCCUGUGGCGCUCUCGAGACCCUAACGCUCCUGUGGUAGCCGACCUGCCAGUGGCAUAUGCUGACCGUCUAAGGAUUCGAACACCGGGCGACGAGGCCUGGCAUCUAAAUGCCCAUAUGGACGGCGGCAGCGUCGAGCGGUGGGAGAGCGACGGUUAUGGGAACGCAGGCACGUACCAGCGCAUAUGGGAUGGAAAUUGGGAGGACUACGACCCUUGGGACAGCAGCACGCGGCUCAGAGUGACAUCGGACCUCUACAACGGCGCGGGUUCGUGCAGCAUGUUUCGCAUGUUCCAAGGCUGGCUUUCCAUGUCCGACAUCAAUCCGGCCGACGGCACCCUCCUGCUCUGCCCCAUGCUCCAGCUCGCCACUGCCUACUUCCUGUUGCGCCCCUUUUUCUCGCCCCGCAACCCCUCCCCAAGUUCGCACAGCUUUCUCGCGCGCGAGAACUGGGCAUUAGACUUUGCCCAGACGAGCAUCAUCCAAGGCGCCGUACCAUCAUAUACGCAAGAACUUAACUCGGCGCUCCACCCACAUCUUCAGCUCGACAAGUCUCUCGUGCGCAUACCACCCGUGUUGCCGGGCGACUACGUCGUGUGGCACCCAGAUAUGGUGUACGGAGUCGACAGGGUGCCGACGUCUUCAGCACCCGCGACCAUCAUGUACAUCCCGGCGUGCCCCCUGACGCAGACGAACGCGCUGUACCUCGCCCGCCAGCGGAAAGCGUUUCUUCUGGGUCAGCCGAGCCCGGACUUUGGGGGCGGGAAGGGGGAGACGACGCACACGGGCCGCCCCGGGACACAGGAAGUCAGUGAUGCGGGCGGGGAGGAUGGGCUCAGAGCCAUGGGGCUGCUGCCGUGGGAGGACAAGGAAGGGGGGAACCCGACGGAGAAGGCUCUGGUUAGGAUGGCGAAUGCGAUUUUGUUUCCAGAGAGCUAUGAUAUGGUUUGA